GCGGCGGCGGCGGCGGCGGCGGCCGAGGGAGGCGGAGACUCGACCGAGACGCGGGGGGAGGCGGCGGCGGGGCUGCUGCAGGCGGAGCGGCGCGGAGCAGCGCGGGGCCGCACGGCCGCCCGGAGAUUUGUAAGACUCCAGGGCCUUCAUGCUGUGAUUAAUCAGAUGGUUCCUGAAAUGACUGGGAAAACAGACACUUUACGGGCCAGUUGAAGAGUGUAUGUCGGUGUAUAUUUAAAACCUUUCUAUGCACACACACACACACACACACACACACACACACACACGAGAAGACAGGCUCAUUCUGGUGCACACUUGAAGCAUUUUACAACUGAUGAAAAUUAAUCUAAGAAUCAGAUGGAGCAACUUGACACCACUGGGCUCAGCGGCCCGGGGAGAAAAAUACAUCACUAAUGGCCAAUUUUCCAUAUGGUCUUCACGGGUAAAGAAAGUUUGCAAAAAGAAGAAAAAAAAACUUGCACAGAUCAAGCUUCAAAAAUACCUCUCCAGUUGAAAUAAGGAGCUAAGUGAGACGGUGCCCGAGGGAGAAGUGUGAUUUCAAGCAUUGCCGGUGGGAUCAAGCAGUGGUUUUUGCACUUUAUUUUUCAGUGGAUUUGAUGAUUUGGACAGAGACUGUAAAAUUCUGGACUGACAAGUUUCUUUACUGUGAGCUGGUGACUGGAGGAAAGCCAGUUCAGGUUUGAUGGGACAAGUUUGAACAAUGAACUGGUUCCUUUGCCUUUUUCAGUUGACUAUACUCGAGAAACUUUAAUUUAUUUUUUCCCUUUCCUUUUCUGUAUCUACAGGAUAAUAUUAUUUGAAACCGAUAAAUAAAUAUCAAGGAACAUCCAAGCAAAGCUUCUUUUCCUUGGACUGUACGUGUGGCAUCUGGAAACAUUCUCUGAAUGUGAACAGAAAAGGGCCCAUCAGCAAAAUGUGGUAACUCUUGAGGGACACAGUGGGGAAGAGCCCGACCCUGCCUGUGUUUUGUUCUCUUCUCUUCUGUGGAGUUCAAGAAGACUUGUGCAUAUAAGAGGAGGAUUACUUGAUGGACUUAAAUCUGAGAUUCUUCUUUUUUCUUCCAAGAUGAAAAAAUGUGUGAUUUUUAGGAGCAGAAAGGGGAGAAGUUAGACUGGGGGGAGGAAGGAGACAGGCAAAAGAAGAAAUCUGCAGCGAGGCUUCGUUUUGUCAGCAAGAGGAUUUAGGACUCACCUGAGGCAAACGCUUGGACCAACGCCCUGGCUCUGCGGCGUGAAGGGGCUUCCUCUCGCCCCCUCUCUGGCAUGAGGGCUGCGUGGGCUGUGAGGGCAGUCAGAUAGAGCCCCGCUCUCGGGGGUGGGGGGUGGGGGGGGAGCACAGGGACCUGCCAGGACACCGCUGGGCUCUGAACCACGGCAAAGAACUUUUCUUCCUAAACUUGGACUGCUGUCUGCACAAACUGGUCGUUCUGCACGGUGUGUGUGCCUUUUCCCCCUUUAUGCAAUCUUUUUCAGCUUUGGCAGCAGAAAUUUGUCUCGUUGAGAAAACAUGCCAGAGGGUAGCUUCAGAAAGAGGAGGAUCCCCUGUGCUUUGUUUCUGCGUGUGAACUUUUGAAGAAAAAAUUCCAGCUCGAGGGAUUCUUAAAGCCUUAAGUUACUUGAAAUCUAUGUAUUUGCAACCCUUGGUCUCUGGAAUCAUAUUACACUAAACUGGAAUCUCAGGCGGAAUCAGAAUAACCAAGUUGAGUAAACAGAAGGAAACUCAGUUUCUUGAUCACUACAUAUUAAUGAUGCUCUUUCUCCAAAGGGUCAGCCCACUCUUCCUCUAAGGACUUGAAAAUAAAAAUGGACCCCACAUUUUUUUAAGCAUCACCUUUUCUUAGCAGACUGCCAUCAUCUUUUAUAGAGGAAUUUUUUCACUAUGCAUUUGGUGGAUCUUUAUAAAAUACUGACCUUCUAAUUAGAUCCAGGUCAAUCUUAACUAAAGGAGACCGGAGAAGCCAAGCAAGCCAACCACAAAAAUAGAAUUAAUCAAUGAGAGGAAUUGGGUUAGCUUUUUCAGCACUCAGCAUUGCUCUUUAAGUACAAGAGCCCACUGGGAGAAGUAUGUAUGCAGCGGUGGAGCAGGGGCCUGUGCUCUGCAGCGACUCGAACAUCCUCUGCCUGUCCUGGAAGGGGCGCGUCCCCAAGAGCGAGAAGGAGAAGCCUGUGUGCAGGAGGCGCUACUAUGAGGAGGGCUGGCUGGCCACGGGCAACGGCCGGGGCGUCGUGGGCGUGACCUUCACCUCCAGCCACUGCCGCCGGGACAGGAACACGCCACAGAGAAUUAACUUCAACCUGCGGGGCCACAACAGCGAGGUUGUGCUGGUAAGGUGGAAUGAGCCAUACCAGAAGCUGGCCACGUGUGACGCAGAUGGAGGGAUCUUUGUGUGGAUUCAGUAUGAAGGGAGAUGGUCUGUGGAACUGGUCAACGACCGAGGGGCUCAGGUGAGUGAUUUCACGUGGAGCCACGAUGGGACUCAAGCGCUUAUUUCAUAUCGAGAUGGGUUUGUCCUGGUCGGUUCUGUCAGUGGACAAAGACACUGGUCAUCUGAGAUCAACCUGGAAAGUCAGAUCACAUGUGGCAUAUGGACUCCUGAUGACCAACAGGUGCUGUUCGGCACGGCCGAUGGGCAGGUGAUCGUCAUGGACUGCCAUGGCAGGAUGCUGGCGCACGUCCUCCUGCACGAGUCGGACGGCAUCCUCAGCAUGUCCUGGAACUACCCUGCCUUCCUGGUGGAGGACAGCAGCGAGAGCGACACGGACUCGGACGACUACUCCCCGCCCCAAGAUGGUCCAGCAGCAUAUCCCAUCCCGGUGCAGAAUAUCAAGCCCCUGCUCACCGUCAGCUUCACCUCGGGGGACAUCAGCUUAAUGAACAACUACGAUGACUUGUCUCCUACUAUCAUCCGCUCAGGCCUGAAAGAGGUGGUGGCCCAGUGGUGUACGCAGGGAGACCUUCUGGCAGUCGCUGGUAUGGAACGGCAAACCCUUGGUGACCUUCCCAACGGCCCUCUCCUGAAGAGUGCCAUGGUCAAGUUCUACAAUGUUCGUGGGGAACACAUCUUCACACUGGACACACUUGUGCAACGCCCCAUCAUCUCCAUCUGCUGGGGCCACCGGGACUCUAGGCUGCUGAUGGCUUCAGGACCAGCCCUGUACGUGGUGCGUGUGGAGCACCGGGUGUCUAGCCUGCAGCUGCUGUGCCAGCAGGCCAUCGCCAGUGCCCUGCGAGAAGACAAGGAUGUCAGCAAGCUGACCCUGCCCCCUCGCCUCUGCUCCUACCUCUCCACUGCCUUCAUCCCUACCAUCAAGCCCCCCAUUCCAGACCCUAACAACAUGCGAGACUUUGUCAGCUACCCCUCGGCUGGCAACGAGCGCCUGCACUGCACCAUGAAGCGCACGGAGGAUGACCCAGAGGUGGGAGGCCCAUGCUACACACUCUACCUGGAGUACCUGGGCGGGCUCGUGCCCAUCCUCAAGGGGCGGCGUAUCAGCAAGCUGCGGCCAGAGUUUGUCAUCAUGGACCCUCGGACGGAUAGCAAAUCAGAUGAAAUCUAUGGGAACAGCUUGAUCUCUACCAUGAUCGACAGCUGCAACUGCUCGGACUCCAGUGACAUUGAACUAAGUGAUGACUGGGCUGCCAAGAAAUCUCCCAAAAUCUCCCAAGCAAGCAAGUCACCCAAACUCCCAAGGAUCAACAUCGAGGCUCGGAAGUCACCCAAGUUGUCCCGGGCCGCUCAGGAGAUGUCCAGGUCCCCUCGGUUGCCCAUGCGCAAGCCCUCCAUUGGCUCGCCCAGCCUGACGCGAAGAGAGUUUCCCUUUGAAGACAUCACUCAGCACAACUAUCUUGCUCAGGUCACGUCUAAUAUCUGGGGAACCAAGUUUAAGAUUGUGGGCUUGGCUGCUUUCCUGCCAACGAACCUCGGUGCAGUAAUCUAUAAAACCAGCCUCCUGCACCUCCAGCCGCGGCAGAUGACCAUCUAUCUCCCGGAGAUCCGGAAGGUUUCCAUGGACUACGUGAACCUGCCUGUCUUCAACCCCAAUGUGUUCAGUGAAGACGAAGACGACUUACCAGUGACGGGAGCAUCUGGCGUGCCUGAGAACAACCCACCUUGUACCGUGAACAUCCCUAUCGCACCCAUCCACAGCUCAGCGCAAGCCAUGUCCCCCACGCAGAGCAUCGGGCUGGUACAGUCCCUGCUGGCCAAUCAGAACGUGCAGCUGGACGUCCUGACCAAUCAGACCACGGCCAUGGGCGCAGCUGAGCAUGCCAGUGAGAAUGCCACCCAGUACCCGGUCUCCAACCGCUACUCCAGCCCUGGACAGGUGAUCUUCGGGGGCGUAGAGAUGGGCCGUCUCAUCCCGAACCCCCCGCAGCUGUCCCUGCUGCCGCCUGCACAGGGGCCCGUCCAGCUGUCGGUGGUGGAGCACGGAGACCGCGAGCACGAGCACCUGCAGAAGCCCGCCAAGGCGCUGAGGCCGCAGCUGGCUGCUGAGGGGGACGCCGUGGUGUUCGGCGCCCCCCAGGAGAUCCAGGUGGCAAAGCUGAACCCCCCACCGCCCUACCCAGGCACCAUCCCUGCCGCCCCCACCACUGCCCCGCCGCCGCCCCCGCCCCCGCCCCCGCAGCCCCCUGUGGAUGUGUGCUUGAAGAAGGGCGACUUCUCGCUGUACCCCACGGCCGUGCAUUACCAGCCGCCCCUGGGCUACGAGAGGAUCACCACCUUCGACAGCAGCGGCAACGUGGAGGAGGUGUGCCGGCCUCGGACGCGGAUGCUCUGCUCUCAGAACACCUACACCCUCCCCGGCCCAGGCAGCGCGGCCACCCUGAGGGUCACUGCCACCGAGAAGAAGGUGCCUCAGCCCUGCACCAGCGCCACCCUGAACCGCCUGACGGUCCCGCGCUACUCCAUCCCCACGGGAGACCCGCCUCCCUAUCCCGACCUGGCAGGCCCGCUGGCCUCCAGCCGGGUCUCAGCGCAGCGACUGGACGGAGGCCUCAUUCACGCCACGCUGCGCAGGAAUAACCGCGAGGUGGUGCUCAAGGCGGCGGCGCCUGCUGAGCCCCCGCGGGUGCACCUGCCGCUGCAGCACCCGCACCCGGCCAAGCCCAAGGGCACAGCACAGUUCCCCUUGCGGCCCCCGGCAGCCCUCUACACCUGCAGUCAGUGCAGUGGAGGGGGUGUGGCCGGCGCAGGGGGUGCACAGGCGGCCAGCACCUCCCCGCUGGCCUCGCAGUCCUCCUACAGCCUCCUGAGCCCGCCCGAGGGUGCCCGUGAGCGCACCGACUAUGUCAACUCAGCCUUCACCGAGGAUGAGGCGCUGGCCCAGCACUGUCCGGUGGAAAAGCCGCUGCGGCACACCCCACUGCCUGAAGCUGCUGUGCCCGUAAAACGGCCACCCCCUUACCAGUGGGACCCUGUGCUGGGGGAGGACAUUUGGGUGCCUCAGGAAAGGACAGCACAGACUGGAGGGCCCAACCCCCUGAAACUGCCCCCCCUGGUCGUAGGUCAGAGCCAGCACCUGGACGUGUCCCGAGUGCCCUUUAUCUCCCCCAAGUCUCCCACCAGCCCUACUGCCACUUUCCAGACGGGCUAUGGGAUGGGAGUGCCGUAUCCAGGAAGCUAUAACCCCCCUUUGCCAGGAGUUCAGGCUCCCUGCUCAAAAGAUUCCCUGUCCCCAACACAGUUUGCACAGCAGGAGCCCGCUGUGGUCCUGCAGCCGGCCUACCCUUCCAGCCUGUCCUACUGCACCUUGCCCCCCAUGUACCCCGGAAGCAGCACGUGCUCAAGUUUACAGCUGCCAUCCAUCGCCUUGCACCCCUGGAAUUCCUACAGCGCGUGCCCGCCCAUGCAGAACCCCCAGGGCACUCUCCCCCCCAAGGCACACUUGGUGGUGGAGAAGCCCCUGGUGUCCCCACCACCACCCAGCGACCUCCAAAGCCACCUGGGUACAGAGGUGAUGGCAGAGGCCUCAGACAACUUCCAGGAGGUCCUCUCUCUGACGGAAAGCCCAGUCCCCCAGCGGACAGAGAAAUUCGGGAAAAAGAACCGGAAGCGCCUGGACAGCCGAGCGGAGGAAGGGAAUGUCCAGGCCAUCACCGAGGGCAAAGUGAAGAAGGAGGCGCGGACUCUGAGUGACUUUAAUUCCCUGAUCUCCAGCCCCCGCCUGGGGAGAGAGAAAAAGAAAGUGAAGAGUCAGAAAGACCAGCUGAAGUCGAAGAAGUUGAAUAAGACGAACGAGUUCCAGGACAGCUCGGAGAGUGAGCCAGAGCUGUUCAUCAGCGGGGACGAGCUGAUGAACCAGAGCCAGGGCAGCAAGAAGGGCUGGAAGAGCAAGCGGAGCCUGCGCACAGCCAGCGAGCUGGACGAGUUCAAGUGCCGGAAAGCCAGCGAGAGGGAGGACGGGCGGCUGGGCAGCCAGGGCUUCGUGUACGUGAUGGCCAACAAGCAGCCUCUCUGGAACGAGGCCACCCAGGUGUACCAGCUGGACUUCGGCGGGCGCGUGACCCAGGAGUCGGCCAAGAACUUCCAGAUCGAGCUGGAGGGGCGGCAGGUGAUGCAGUUUGGAAGGAUCGAUGGCAAUGCAUACAUUCUGGACUUCCAGUACCCCUUCUCAGCUGUGCAGGCCUUCGCGGUGGCCCUGGCCAACGUGACGCAGCGCCUCAAAUGAAGAGACUGGCUUGGGGAGCAGAAAGAGACAGAGGAGCCUUUUCAGAGAGGCCUGAUCACAAAUGGUAGAGGAGCCCGCAAGGGGCUGGGUGCCUGGGGCCCAGAAGACAAGAGCAAACUGGAAAAGUCUCUCAGGCCCAGGAGAGGGCACCGACCGUUAGCGUUGUCGUUUGUUUGGGCUUUUAUUAUUCUUUAUUGUCUUUCUUUUUAAUCAAACAAAAUAAUACAGAAGAGAGGUGUUUGGAAGCAAAGAUACCAGGCACCUGGUGUUUUUUUGGAAACAUAAUUGAUUGUGGUAAUGUCCCACUGGGCUUGCUCAUGUCAGCUACACAAACGGGUCCUUCGGAAGGAAGACAGACUGCAUUAUAGCCUGCUGUUCUUUGAGACAUACGGGGUGUGCAUUCUUCUCAUUCUCCACAACAUCACUAGUGUACAAUCAAAACUCUUUUUUAAAAAAACACACCCAAAACCCUGAAGGUACAGGUUCUCUGGAGGGACAACAUUUAAUUCACACAUGUUAAUGUUACUCCCCUAAAGUUGACUUGAUCAAUGAAGGGUAUUUUGGCAAACACACUGUUUGACUAAUAAAAAUAGGCUUUCUACAGGGGCGCUAUUACCAGGUAUGAGUAAGAUAUGCUCCUGAUGGUGCGGGGGAAGGGGUGACGGGCGAGGAGGAAAAUCCCGCACGUGCACGCAUGGCGAGCUCCGUAGUGUGACUUGAAAUAGUACAAGGGCUCUGCUCCUCUCUGGAGGAUGCUGACAUGAAGACUCCACUAAGUUUUAUAAUUUGUCGUAAUUCCAUGGGUUCAGUCUGACUGGUUUGAGGAGAAGGUAGGAGAGAAACGUGGCCAGGUCCCAGGGUGCGGUGGGGGCUGUAGUUUUCUCAGCUGGAGUCGGGAGUCACUGGGCACCCUCUGGCUGAGAAGUAACAUUUACUCCCUCUCUUUUAUUGUUGACUCUGAAAUGUGACAGUAGACGUUAUCCUUCCCAUCAGACAACACUAUUCUACACUUUCUUUCUCUAAAAAUGCUAACGAUGCUGAUUUGAAAGCGCUCCUUUCCUCUUUCAGCUACAUUAAAAUUCAGUUGACUAGAAUUGUGUUUCAACAGGUUAGAAAUGUAAGCAAAAAUGUUUAAGCGUUUGCCAGGGUAUCAAGAGGCAGAGUUGUGGUCAUCUCUUGCCCAGAAGUCCCACCAUCUGCUCCAGGAAAACAGUUGUUUAUUAACUGUGCAGACUAUUUAUAGAGAUGAACCUCUGGGGCAGCAUGGGUAAAAUUGUAGUAUUUAAGGCAGGUGCUGGGUAAUUGCAGAAGAAAAAUCCACUGAGAUUAUCUUUUCCCACCUCACCCCGUCCUCAGCGGACGCCCUGGGCAGCAUUCAGCCCUGGUGACAAGACCCAGUGCAUUGUUCUCAGCUGUUUGUAUCUGUGAGGUGUUUAGGGCAGGAGCACAAGAACUAUCCUAUGUUUGGAUUUUGUUUGAAAACAGAAAAGUGGAAAACUACAAAAAAUUAUUUUUUAAAAAAAAUUUUAAUUCCAUGUUUUAGUUUUGAAAUAUGUUCUUAAUUCCCUGUUUUGGUUUAAAAAUUAGAAAAGAAACUGUCCCAUUCCUUUCCCAGAACAAGAUGGCAUCCAUCAUGCACCAUCCUCUCCAGCCCCAAAGAAACACAGAUAAGGUUUUAAAUAUGGCGAAGGGCGUCUCCCAGCUAGUUCCACCUGACAUUUCAAAACAGUGGACCUGAACCUGAUUCUUUUGUGGCUAAAUUCUUCCAAAAAGAAUUUAGUCAUGUGUUCAGAUUUAUCUAAUUCUUUUAUAUGAGUUUUUGUAGCUUGGUAUGAUGUUUCAGCGGUUAUUAGCUGUGCAAUGUGGUUAUAGCCUAUUUCUAGAAUAAUUUAAAUGCAAUUUUCUGUUUUAUUGCCCAAGAGAUCAUUAUUUAUCCUGCUUUAAUAGUGUUCCUAGAAACCACUACUAUUUACUGGUGAGUUAUGCCCAUUUUAUAAUUUACUUAGAAAAACAGAAUGUAACGACUUACUUGGUAGCAGUAUAUUUUGCUGCAAGAAAUAAAGAAGAUAUGAUGGGGGGUUUGCUGGACAGUUUGUAACUUUUUCUAAUUGGGAAAAACAUUUCUAUUAAUCCUGUAAGAGUAAUUUUUUCUUUGCUUUUUGAGGUAGUGAUUACAUAUGAGAUAACAUAUCCUAAAAUAUUUCCCCUUCUUUUGAAAAUUUUAUUUUUAAUUAAAAAUAAAAGGUGAUAUGAAAUGAAAAGAGACUUUUUAAGAUUAGAGUAGGUGGCAAAGGAAGGGAUUAUUAGUAAUAAGUUUUAAAAGUUCUGAUCGGUUUUUGAGCUAUAAAGACCAUGAAAGGGGCUACUUUUUAGAACUUCUCUUAAGAGGAAAUAUUGGGGGAAAUCCUUGGAAUUGAUGCUACAAAUACAUGUGUAAAGAGAAUGUAUUGUAGCAAAUAAUUAACUAAACUUCUUAAUUCUUUGACCACUCCCCAAAAGGCAUUUUCCCCACUUGGAGACAGGCCUCGUCCUGGAUGUUUUGCACACGUAGUGAGCCUCUGAAUUAGCGCUGCUCUGCUCACCCGUCCCAGGAGCAGGUAAUUUCAGGUGCCAGGUCUACUUAAACAGAUGUCUGCAGCAGUGUUCUGUCUUCUAAGCUAAUGGUGAUGCCUUCACUUAUUUUAAAAAUAGUUUUCAUUCAGUCAUUCUCAAUUUGUUAAGCGCUACUAAAGGCAGUACUUUAAGCAGCAGAAUUCUACAUACUUUAUGUUUAUUGGUAGCAAUUUAUGAAUAUUAAGAUACCUCAUUGAAUCCCUACACAUAAAAAUACUAGAGGCCUGGUGCAUGAAUUCGUGCACCAGUGGGGUCCCUCAGCCUAGCCUACAGGAUUGAGCCGAAAUUGGCUCUCCUACAUCCCCCGAGGGGUCCCGGAUUGCAAGAGGGUGCAGGCUAGGCCAAGGGACCCCACCAGUGCACGAUCGGGUCAGGGAGGAACACGGGAGGUUGGCUAGCCGGGGAGGGACCGCGGGAGGG